AUGCAGAAGGACGGCAGCGACUCACGGGAUGGCAGGGAGCUCAUGGAGAAGGAGAGCUGUGCUCCCCUGAUGCUGCGGUUGGCAUGGCAUGACGCGGCAACUUAUCGAGCAGAUGGAGGAAAAUCGGAUGACUCUGACAAGUCUACAGGGGAAUGGCCGAGGUGCGGAGGCGUCAACGGCUCCAUCACCUUCGCUCCCGAACUCGAUCUCCCCUGCAACAAGGGACUGACACUCGCACUCUCACUCCUCUACGAGCUUCAAGAGAAGAACGACUUGGUCUCUGUUGCCGACGUCAUCCAGAUGGCUGGACAAGUGGCAGUUGAGUUCUCGGGCGGUCCCAAGAUCGCGAUGCGAUGGGGGAGGUCAACAACAGGAGUGAAAUAUCUGUGCUCUGACUCUGACCGAGGAAAUCCUCCCUUCGCUUCCUCUUUGUCUGCUCCUGAGCAUCUGCGGCAAAUUUUCGGUCUAAUGGGCCUGUCUGACCAGGAGAUCGUCGUCUUGAUGGGUGCUCACACGCUGGGGAGGGCGCGGCCAUCACGGUCAGGGGAAGGGGCGGCAGCGACUUGCUACACGAGAGAUGGGCCAGGGAGGUGCAAGGGAGGGUCGAGCUGGACUCAGGAGUGGCUCAAGUUUGACAACAGCUACUUCAAGAACCUCCUGCUGACGCCACCAGCUGAUUCUCAGCUCCUUCGCCUCUCGACCGAUUCAGCACUCGCAGAGGACCCGGUGUUUCGAGAGUGGGUGGAGAAGUACGCGGAGGACCAGGAGCUGUUCUUCUCGGACUAUGCGCGAACUCACCGCAAGAUGAGCGAGCUGGGGGCGAAGUUCGAGCCUCAGGAAGGGAUUGAGGUAGACUUGGAGGAAGGCUGA